AGAACAUUCUAUUGUAUGAUACGCAGUGUAUGUGAGGUAUUGGGAGAUUUGCCACUUUGAAAAUGAAUAAUUUUUAUGGAACAUUUUGGCUACAACAACCUUAGCUAUGUGACAAUUCUAACCAAGCAAAUUGUAAUUUUAUUGUGGCAAGGGUACACACUCAAAAUACUGAUCUGAUAUUCCCUAUAAUUACUUCACAUUUUUUUUCAGGAUUGCUUUUUUACUUUUUUAUAGAUACAGUCAGGCCAGCUAUUGUAUCAUGUACACAGGACCAGAUACUCCUUGUAGGUGUCCCGGAUGUUGUCUUAAUGAACUGCCGCAUGUUCAUCAUUGUUACAGCAGAGGAUAAAGUAAUGAAAGAAUACCCAUCAACAAUACCUCAACGAAGUGAUGUGGGUCAGUUACUAUUCUAUAUGCUGGGUGUGAUGAUACAAAACGUAUCUGACAAUAACCAAUAUCAAUUGGGAUUAUUUAUUGAAGGAAAUCAAAUUUUGCUAUGCUAUGGUUCUCCUACUGUAUCUGUUGGGAGCAGGGAAGUGGAGAUGGACUUCAAGAUGUCGCAGUUUAUAAAUGUAUUAGAUGUCAAUUCAUUGAAAAUGAUCUGUGACAGUAUAUUGUCUGUCACAAACAUCAUUUUAGAGAACAAAUAAAAUUAUUUUACUUGUCUCCUUGCUUAUUACAGCCAUACCUACGUGUAUGUUGCUUUAAUGAA